AUGGAUGAACAGGGGAGGAUAGGCAUGCCGGCUGGUGCAGCAACAGGCAGCAGAGGACAACAAACCAGUGACAAACUGUACACUACUUCUUACAUGGAGGUCAACUUCAUGUCUUUCCUCAGUCAUCCCAGCAGCUCAGGCUUCACGGCAAACAACAGACCUGCCAUAUAUUACAAUCCUAGUCUGGACUUCAUAGACAACCCUCACAUGGGGCUCGUGUUAUCAGAUAACUACAUGACUCAGACAAAACGACACUACCAGGCUCCCGUCCAUGCCGAUGGUUUUGGUUCUUCUCCAAACCUGCUUAACAAGUCCAAAGAGAGCGGCUUUCAUCAGCUGAAGUGUCAUCCCAAAGCUGCUAUCUUGGAGAAAAAGACGGAGUACCAAAGGAUGUAUGAAGCAUAUUAUUUCACUCCAACAGUUCCCCAGAAACAUGUGAUCAUUGGUCCAAAAACAGAGAGUGGCUUCACCAAAGAAACAGAUCGCCAACCCAGACAAAAAUCUAUGGCUGAACCUCCUCAAACUUACAGCUCAGUCAUGAAAACUGACUUCAACCGUCCAUUAAUUCUGCAGGACAAUGUGGCCAGACCGAGCCUUUGUGGGCGUUCUUGUCAAGACUCGGGCUUCACUCGUGGCGCCAUCACUCCUUUGGCCCAUGACACAAGAACCAUACAGCCAUCAAAAACUAAAAGUAACGGACCAACUAUGAAGAGCAUUGGAAAAAAGGAGCCCACAGGAUCUCUUUCCAAUGCUUCAAAUGACCAUGCUCUUCCUGACAUAGCUUGUGACGACUCGCACUUCACUACUCUUUAUGAAAGCACGUUCUGUCAAAAGUCGAAAUCUGGCCGCGCUUGUACAGGAGUCAUCAGGAAAAAAAUGGACUAUGGCUACGGUCGCCGUGACAUGGACAGAUUCAUUUUAAGGGAUUAG